ACCCCACAUCACAACCACGACGGGCUGUCCGCAGCUCGCAGCCACCCCAAAGGGAGGAAUAAAGAACAGGAGCAGAGGGAAGCCGGGCGCAGAAAGAAGGGAAAAGGAAGAGCUCAGGGUUGGACAUUUUUGGAGACAGGGGUGGGGAGGAUAAAGGGAGCGUGCCUCCUUGAUUUUCCCCUCCCCACCCCUCUUUGCUUUUCUCUCCCCUUCCCUGUAUAGCAUAUUCCAGAAACGGCAGCAGAAGGGGACAGAAACCUCUAGUGUAGAAAAGGGUUUUGGAGGGGUAGCCAGCGCUCCCGCCAGCCGCUACCUAACAGCUGGAGCUUGAGUGUGCGUGUAAGAGUGUGAAUGCGGCUCUCUCUCUUUUUCUCUCUCUCUCUCCCCUCCCUCUCCAUCCCUUCCUUCCUCCCUCCUUCUCCCUCUCCUUCACACUACAGUGUCAGCUACCCCUGUCAGUUUCCCCGUGUCAGUUUCUUCCCUAGCUCUUAUUGUGUGUGGCUGGCUGCGUGAAGGGAGUGGGUGCGCUUGAAGGGGCUCAGGUUGGGUUGGAGAGCUUGGAGAACAGGGUAGGGACAUUGGUAGAGCAAAGAGUUUCGGGGCACUGGCGAAGGUGAAAGGUGAGGAGGGCCGAUCUGUUACAGGCAAGUUUGGGAGUAACUGAGCAUCCAAAGGGGAAGCCAAGGUAGGAGCCAGUACUUGCGCUCGUCUUUACACCCCGCCCCUUUCCCUGUGCUCAUCCGCCCACCCACCCAUCAGCCUAGAGGCCCCGGGCUGUCCCAGUCGGCUGCUGUUUGCGCGCCGCAAAAGAGGAGUCCGGCAAGGCGCCGCACCACGCAUCCUGGCCCAUGGACACCCAGACGACACAGAUCUGAUCCGAAGAAACCUCUUGGCUCAGGAUUUCUAAAUUGCUAUGAACCAUGGCCCAACUGUACUACAAAAAGGUCAACUACUCACCAUACAGAGACCGCAUCCCCCUGCAAAUUGUGAGGGCUGAGACAGAGCUCUCUGCAGAGGAGAAGGCCUUCCUCAAUGCUGUGGAGAAGGGGGACUAUGCCACUGUGAAGCAGGCCCUUCAGGAGGCUGAGAUCUACUAUAAUGUUAACAUCAACUGCAUGGACCCCCUGGGCCGGAGUGCCCUGCUCAUUGCCAUUGAGAACGAGAACCUGGAGAUCAUGGAGCUACUGCUGAACCACAGUGUGUAUGUGGGUGAUGCAUUGCUCUAUGCCAUACGCAAGGAAGUGGUGGGCGCUGUGGAGCUUCUGCUCAGCUACAGGCGGCCCAGCGGAGAGAAGCAGGUCCCCACUCUGAUGAUGGACACGCAGUUCUCUGAAUUCACACCAGACAUCACUCCCAUCAUGCUGGCUGCCCACACCAACAACUACGAAAUCAUCAAAUUACUUGUCCAAAAACGGGUCACUAUCCCACGGCCCCACCAGAUCCGCUGCAACUGUGUGGAGUGUGUGUCUAGUUCAGAGGUAGACAGCCUGCGCCACUCUCGCUCCCGACUGAACAUCUAUAAGGCUCUGGCAAGCCCCUCACUCAUUGCCUUAUCAAGUGAGGACCCCAUCCUAACUGCCUUCCGUCUGGGCUGGGAGCUCAAGGAGCUCAGCAAGGUGGAGAAUGAGUUCAAGGCCGAGUAUGAGGAGCUCUCUCAGCAGUGCAAGCUCUUUGCCAAAGACCUGCUGGACCAAGCUCGGAGCUCCAGGGAACUGGAGAUCAUCCUCAACCAUCGAGAUGACCACAGUGAAGAGCUUGACCCUCAGAAGUACCAUGACCUGGCCAAGUUGAAGGUGGCAAUCAAAUACCACCAGAAAGAGUUUGUUGCUCAGCCCAACUGCCAACAGUUGCUUGCCACCCUGUGGUAUGACGGCUUCCCUGGAUGGCGGCGGAAACACUGGGUAGUCAAGCUUCUAACCUGCAUGACCAUUGGGUUCCUGUUUCCCAUGCUGUCUAUAGCCUACCUGAUCUCACCCAGGAGCAACCUUGGGCUGUUCAUCAAGAAACCCUUUAUCAAGUUUAUCUGCCACACAGCAUCCUAUUUGACCUUCCUCUUUAUGCUUCUCCUGGCUUCUCAGCACAUUGUCAGGACAGACCUUCAUGUACAGGGGCCUCCCCCAACUGUCGUGGAAUGGAUGAUAUUGCCUUGGGUUCUAGGUUUCAUUUGGGGUGAGAUUAAGGAAAUGUGGGAUGGUGGAUUUACUGAAUACAUCCAUGACUGGUGGAACUUGAUGGAUUUCGCAAUGAACUCCCUAUACCUGGCAACUAUUUCCUUGAAGAUUGUGGCCUAUGUCAAGUAUAAUGGUUCUCGUCCAAGGGAGGAAUGGGAAAUGUGGCACCCGACUCUGAUUGCAGAAGCACUCUUCGCAAUAUCCAACAUUUUAAGUUCGUUGCGUCUCAUAUCCCUGUUCACAGCCAACUCCCACUUAGGACCUCUGCAGAUCUCUUUGGGACGCAUGCUGCUUGAUAUCCUCAAAUUCCUCUUUAUCUACUGCCUGGUACUACUAGCUUUUGCCAAUGGACUGAACCAGCUUUACUUCUAUUAUGAAACCAGAGCUAUCGAUGAGCCCAACAACUGCAAGGGGAUCCGAUGUGAGAAACAGAACAAUGCCUUCUCCACGCUCUUUGAGACUCUUCAGUCACUCUUCUGGUCUGUAUUUGGCCUUUUAAAUCUAUAUGUCACCAAUGUGAAAGCCAGACACGAAUUCACCGAGUUUGUAGGAGCUACCAUGUUUGGAACAUACAACGUCAUCUCCCUGGUAGUGCUGCUGAACAUGCUGAUUGCUAUGAUGAACAACUCCUAUCAGCUUAUUGCCGAUCAUGCUGAUAUCGAGUGGAAGUUUGCAAGGACGAAGCUCUGGAUGAGUUACUUUGAUGAAGGUGGCACCUUGCCACCUCCGUUCAACAUCAUCCCCAGCCCCAAGUCAUUUCUAUACCUUGGUAACUGGUUCAACAACACCUUCUGCCCCAAAAGAGAUCCUGAUGGUAGACGGAGAAGACGCAACUUGAGAAGCUUCACAGAACGCAAUGCUGACAGCCUGAUACAAAAUCAACAUUAUCAGGAAGUUAUCAGGAAUCUAGUCAAAAGAUAUGUGGCUGCUAUGAUAAGAAAUUCCAAAACAAAUGAGGGGCUAACAGAAGAAAAUUUUAAGGAAUUAAAGCAAGACAUCUCCAGCUUUCGAUAUGAAGUGCUUGACCUCUUGGGAAAUAGAAAACAUCCAAGGAGAAGCUUUUCCACUAGCAGCACUGAAUUCUCUCAGAGAGACGAUAAUAAUGAUGGCAGUGGUGGGGCUCGGGCCAAAUCCAAGAGUGUCUCUUUUAAUUUAGGCUGCAAGAAAAAGGCUUGCCAUGGGCCACCUCUCAUCAGAACCAUGCCAAGGUCCAGUGGUGCCCAAGGAAAGUCAAAAGCUGAAUCAUCAAGCAAACGCUCCUUCAUGGGUCCUUCUCUCAAGAAACUGGGUCUCCUAUUCUCCAAAUUUAAUGGUCAUAUGUCUGAACCCAGUUCAGAGCCAAUGUACACAAUUUCUGAUGGAAUUGUUCAGCAGCACUGUAUGUGGCAGGACAUCAGAUAUUCUCAGAUGGAGAAAGGGAAAGCAGAGGCCUGUUCUCAAAGUGAAAUUAACCUCAGUGAGGUAGAAUUAGGUGAAGUCCAGGGCGCUGCUCAGAGCAGUGAAUGCCCUCUAGCCUGUUCCAGCUCUCUUCACUGUGCAUCCAGCAUCUGCUCCUCAAAUUCUAAACUUUUAGACUCCUCAGAGGAUGUAUUUGAAACUUGGGGAGAGGCUUGUGACUUGCUCAUGCACAAAUGGGGUGAUGGACAGGAGGAACAAGUUACAACUCGCCUCUAAGUCAAGCCCUAAUCAUCUGUUCUGGAACUCAAGAGAAAUUUGUAAUUUCCUUGCUCUCAGAGGUGACACAGAGUAUGAUUCCCUCACUGCCCCUGCCCCCCAGAAAGGAGAGUGAAACUCUUAUUUGCACCAUCUUUUAUAGCUACAUUCUCCAUUUUUGUUCUUGUUUUAUUAUUACUUUCAUUAUUAUUUGCCUUUUUAAUACCUGUACACACUAAGUCCGUCUUACAACCGACUGAAGGGGUGUUGCACCUAAUCAUCAGAGGUGCAGUUGGGUGCUUAACCUUUUUGCUUUGCUUUUCUCACCCAUGCUUCCUUGAAGCUCCAGGUGCCACUUUGCUAGUCUUGUUGCCGCACAGGUUCCUGACCAUCCUCAGAAUCUCAUGCCAUUUUCCCGCAGAGCUGAGGGAUGUGGUCAGCAGUCCCCACCAGCUAUCAGAUAAGGCAAACUACCCUGCCCAUCUUUGUUGCCAUUCAGUGCUACGCGCUGCCCAUGCUGGGUCAAUGAACAGCAUCAAAGGGAGGCUGAAGAGAUUUCAAAGAAUUGUCAGCUUGUGGUUUCUAGGUAUAAGUGGCUUGUUUCAUUCUUAAAUACUACAACUUCUUAUUGUGGGGGCUAUUGAGUUUUCUUGUUUCUUAAAGAUGUGUUAGUUUCCUAAUGUGUGCCAAUGAAAUAUUUACCCCAUAGUAUAUGUCAUAUCUAAUAAGUUAGGUGAACUAUUUUUUCUGUGUUUGUUUCAGUUAACUUACUACAUUUGAAAAUUUGAUAGUAUCAAAAUUAGUAUUUAGAAUUUGUGCUAUUUUUUAAAAAUAUCUACUACACUCUAACCAAUAGUCACUACAUCUCAUACAUUGGUAAGAUAAAUAGUUGUCAUAUUUGUUGGGUCCUAUUCUACUGUUGAUAAUUUUAAUUAUCAUUGCUAUCAAAGAAUUCCUAAGAUAAAAGCCUGAAUUCGAAAUAUUUUUAUCAGAAAAAUGGCAUAUUGCUGAAGUGUCAAAAUAUGAGAAAAGAGCAUCUUCAUUUUAAUUAAUUGCUUUAUAAAAAUGGCAACUUUAGGUACAGAUAACCUAAUUCAGGUUGCAGUUUUAAUAUUCACUGGGGGCAGUGGAAUUGCAUGUGUAAAUUAUGUUAGAUACAUAACAUAACAACCCUAGUGGAUUCAUGGAAUUAUAAACGUAAUCCAAAUUCUACUGUCUUCCAAGAAAGCUACAUUUAUACAUCCAAACAAAUUCUUUUCCACAACUUAAGAGUACCUCAUCAGAAUACAGUGGUUCAAGUUAAAAAAUAAAGUCCAUAAUGCAUAUGGUCAUCAUUCUAGACCUGAUAACCACUGAGAACCUGCUGAGCAAGGAUGGUUUUUACCAACAUCAGCACAAAGGUUUCCUCAAUUUAGACUCUAACAUAUGACCUGAAACAACUCUAGGUCUGAGUCCUAGAGAUUACAUUAAUAGUGUGUAGCCCAGAAAAGUAAAAUAGUUAGGUGUCACCGUUUUUUUUUUUAAUGUCAACACCAACAGGAAUCCAUUUAAUGUAUGUAAUUUCUGAUAAAAGUAAGAGAAAUGAGGAAUUUUCAAACUCUGCAAAUAUGCCUCCAAACUAGCUUUUGAUAGUGUGGUUUCUGUUAUUUGAAUGGAUUCCCAUCUCUGUCUCUAGCCUGGAGAAGAGCAAAAUGGAGGGGGAGGGGCCAGAAAUAGGAGGAGGUUUUGAAGAAUAAAGCCUCAGAUCCAGGGAAAAGUGAUCAAGUGAAAAAGCUGCAUCAAGACCCAUUUGGCAAGAGGUUGUCUGAAAAUAAUUCCUUGAUCAUAUCUGAAGUGGUUAUUUACUCAAAUCAAUUUCUCCCCUGCUUCACUAAGACUGUCAUAAAUGGCCUUGACAUUUAAUCACAGGUUACUUUCCAGAAAGGUUUCUAAAGUUACAGAUUCAGCUUUCCAAAUUGUCAAAUUCACUUUGAAUAAUAAUAGAACCUGGGCUACAUUCCUAACUCAUAUUAACAGCACCAAAAGAAAUAGCAUAUAACCCCAUUUUAUAAAAAGAAAAACAUGUUUUUCUCAGAAAUGUAUAUCACUUCUGAAAACUUAUGUAUAAGUGUUCUAGCAGUGACCUUAUCAACUUGUCAGAAAACAGGCU